GUUGUAUAUAGUCCGGCAUGCUGUCCGUAGAGCUUAUCUUCGAGAUCAAUGUCACAUGUCUAUACCGGUGUUGCUUCGCUGUCGAAUGACCCGCUGGAGGACGGGAACGACGGGCAAUCAAGCUCAAGUCCACGUAUCGCCGGACCUACAUGACGAAUGAUCAAUCGAAGUAGUGCUGUCGCUAUCAAUACAUCCACAAAGGCUGUUCAAGGGAAAGAUAUUGAUGAUGUACGCAUACGGCACACAAGGGCUCCGUAUAUCUAGAACCAAGACUGGUUGUCUGACAUGUCGAAGACGUAGAGUCAAAUGCGACGAGACUCGUCCGGAAUGUCAACGAUGCCGCGGUCUCUCGCUCGAAUGCGCAUGGCCACUCGAUAUGGCCUCGACGAGACAACGACUAGGUGGCAGCAGCCGGUCUUCAAGAAGAACAGAGGGCGACAAUCGACAGCGGCGAGAAUCACGGACCACCGCUUGUCGGGCUUGUCGAGAAGCCAAAGUCAGGUGUUCGAGGACGAAGCCGGUCUGUGAACGGUGUGGCACGUUUGGGUAUCGCUGUGGAUAUGGAACGGGACCUUCCAGCGGUACCGGUGACGACGGCAACAUCGGUAGUCCUGCCGACAAUACCGUACAGUAUGGCACCUCCAGGACGGGAACAGGGUCUCCACAACGAAGCGUUAUGAAUGGUCCCGCGGGUUCCAGUAUGAUGCCGAGUGAGGGUGCAUCGAGAGGCUCGGGGCGGGUCCUGCAAGACGACGACGUCCUGAAUCAACCUGGCGAACUAGAUCGACAACUCGAGGCCUUCUUCAACCACAUCCAUACCAAUACCUACCUGGCAUUCGUCCACCGUGCAACCCUCGAUCAAGCUAUCCGAGCAGGAAAGGCUCCCCGGCACCUUUUACUGGCGAUAUGUGCCGUCUCGUCGUGCUUCGUCAGGCGGCGGGAAGACGAGUACGGGACUGAAGGGACUGUGAGAGCAAGAGCGCUGGGCUGGGCAGAAGAAGCUCAGCGGAUCGUACUCGCCGAAAUCGGAAACAUCAGACUGUCGAGCAUUGCGACAUUGUUGUUGCUCGGAUACCAUGCAAACACCCAGGGGAGGCUAUCGCUCAGCUGGAUGCUCACGCCGAUCGCCUCGAGGAUGGCAUACGCACUCGGACUGAACGACGAAGGUGCCUGGAGGAUCGACGAGCUGACAGAGACGCGAAAAGAAAUCCGAAGACGGCUCAUGUGGGCUUGUUUCGCCAGCGACACCUAUGCGUGCGGGGGGAUCCCAGAGUUUACGACGACGCCGAGGUCGAGCAUGAGGGUGCGGUUGCCCUCGGACGAACAGGAUUUCGUGUACGGGAAACGUAGCCGGAUGCCGUUCCUCUGGCAAGACUCGGUCGGCGGUCGAUCGACGGGCUAUCGAGCUGAAGAAGAACCGAGACAUGGGCGGCUGUCGACGACGCCAGUAUCCGAGGUCGAUAGUCUGCUCAGCUGUCAGCUCAGGCUAUAUUUCUACAGGGCCGAGAUUCUGAGGUAUACCAAAGGUGCACUGUCGACCUCGCUACCAUGGGAUGAAACCUCUCCUUUCGCACACCUUUGCCAAGAGCUACGAGACUGGAAAGAACGCUUGCCCGCUGAACUCGUCUACAACGAAGACAACCUACGCGUACGAAGCACCACCCGGCAAUUGACCGGCUUUGUCAUGCUUCACUGCUGGUGGGAACAGUGCCAUUCGGAUCUCUACCGAGUAGCGUUACCGGGGCUCUCCGAGUCGGCGCCGCAGGCCUUGCUCUUGCGAUCCCCACCGGGUUGGAUCGAGGAAGCGCAGAGGGCAUGCUUUGCGCACGCCACGGGGGUUUAUGAACCGGUGCGGCUCGCUACGAGCGUCUUUCCCGAUUUCGUCAUAGAGUCGAGCACGUUUGGGCUCUUGGCGUACGAGUCCAUCCGGGUACAGUUGCAGUUCUACUUUGUGCAAGUGGGCUCGUGUGCGACGGAUGACAUGCUGGUCGACCUGAUGGUCCGGUUCGAGGGCAUCAUCUGUUGGAAAAGCUUUCGCCUGUUUUUCCCGCCGCGAAAGCCUCGAGGAGAUCUAUCGAAUGCUAGCGAGACAUGCGUUUCCGAUACGUCCCCCUGAUAGUCGAACGCAUACUAUGGGUACACAGACACCCGUGGAGGACGGACUGUUGUUGAGCAAACUGCACGCCGUGCGAGCGCUACAGAAAGGACGACCACGCGAGUCUGACGAG